AUGCACGUGUCCCCAAAGAUCCCCUUUUCCUACUUAUACAUUCACAGUGAGGCCGCUGGGCAGGGACACCGAGGGCAGAACCCAGGCCGGAGUGUCCAGGCCCCGCCACCCCUCCCAGCCAGCAUGCUGCUGCCGGCCCUGCUGCUGCCUGCGCUCUGGGCGGGGUCCCUGCAGGAGGAGCCGAGCUACUGGCUGCAGGUGCAGAGGUUGGUGACGGUGCAGGAGAACCUGUGUGUCGUGGUGUCCUGCUCCUUCUCCUACCCCCAGGAUGGCUGGAGCCACUCUAUCCCUGCUUAUGGCUGCUGGUACCGGCAGAGCAGGAAUUCUUUCUUUGAGUACACAGCAGAUGAACUUGUGGCCACGAACGACCCAGGCAAGAAAGCUGGAAUGAGAACUAAACCUCGCUUCCAGCUCCUCGGGGACCCCAUGGCCUACAACUGCUCCCUGAGGAUCGCAGGUGCCCAGAGGGGGGACAGUGGAAUUUACUAUUUUCGGCUGGAGAGAGGAGGCAUGAAAUACAGUUACCGGAGGUGGAUGGUCACUGUGAUUGUCACAGAGCUGACCCAGACCCCGGACAUCCACAUCCCCGAGCUGCUGGUGUCUGGACACAUCAGCCUCCUGCUGUGCUCCAUGCCCGGGGCCUGCAGUGGGAACUCGGACCCCACCUUCUCCUGGAGCGGAGCCGCCCUGCGGUCGCCAGGGUCGGGCCUGGGGGCUCACAACUCCUCCCAGAUCCUGCUGCAGCCCCGCCCUCAGGACCACGGCUCCCACCUCACCUGUCAGGUGACCUUCCCUGAGGCUGGGGUGACCAAGGAGAGAACUGUGCAGCUCAAUGUGUCCUAUCCUCCUCAGAACCUGACCAUCCGUGUCACCAGCGCCCAUGGCACAGCCCCACACAUGCAGGGAAAUGGCUCCUAUCUGCAAGUGCACAAGGACCAGCUCCUGCGGCUCCUCUGUGCUGCUGAGAGCCGGCCCCCCGCCACGCUGACCUGGGUCCUGGAGCACAGAGUCCUCCUUGGGUCCCCUCCCUCAGCACCCAGCCCCCUAAGGCUGGAGCUGCCCGGGGUGCAGCCUGCGGACGCGGGGCGCUACACCUGCCGGGCAGAGAACAGCCUGGGCUCGCAGCACCGCAGUCUGGACCUCGCAGUGCAGUAUCCUCCCGAGGACCUGAGAGUGACGGUUUCCCGAGCCAACAGCACAGUCCUGGAAAUCCUCGGGAACGGCACCUCCCUGCCCGUCCUGGAGGGCCAGAGCCUGCGCCUGGUGUGUGUCACCCACAGCCACCCCCCGGCCAGGCUGCGCUGGGCCCGGGGGACACAGGCCCUGAGCCCCUCCUGGCCCUCGGCCCCUGGGGUCCUGGAGCUGCCCCGGGUGCAGCUGGAGCAUGAAGGGGAAGUCAGCUGCCACGCGGAGAACGCGCUGGGCACCCGGAGCGUCUCCCUGAGCCUCUCUGUGCACUGGAAGCCAGGGUGCUGGUGGAGAGCCCUGCUGGCGGCUCUCGGGGGAGCAGGGCUGGCUGCUCUGCUCGCGCUCUGUGCCUGCCUCGUCUUCCCCAGCCCCUUUCGGCAAGAGCACGUCCGGACCGCCCGAACUCUGAGGGACAGAGUCUGCACAGCCCUGCCCUCCUCCCUCAGGGUGAAGCCGCUCAGGAAGCAAGACCGCAGGACGGCCACUGCGAGGAGGGGCGCCCCCCCUGCCCCGGGUUCUGUUUACAAGGGUAAAAGCUAUGAGAACUGGCCAGGCAGCCUGCAGUGCCCACCCCUUGCUGCAGGUACAGCCGCUGUGGAAGAGGAGCAGGAGGAGGAUGAAUACACCUUCGUAGACUUUCCGGAGGACUGCAGCACGUCGGGGUGCUGAGAGAUCAGGAUCUGAAAUGAUGCCCCUGGGAAGGGAGAUGUGGGGGAGAACUGAAUCAGCCUGAAUGUGGAAUCUCCAUGUCAUCAGGGUCCCGGCCGGUGGAGUGGGGAGUUCUUACACAGCUGGCAACACAGCUGGCCCCCAUUUCAACUCCAGACUUUGAGCAAGGAACUUCACUCCUCAGUUUCCCCUCCGGCAAAUGCACACAAUAAACCUGGUUCACAAGGAUGCUGCCGUCCCAGGGAAGCGAUUCCAACAGAGGAUGCAGCGCUGUGUCUGCAGAGUACCUCACCUGCCACCGCCUCCCAGGGCAGCCAGAAGUGUGGCGCCUCCUGCCCCACUCCUCGGAUGGUCUGAUCACCUUGAACCUGGUGGCUGUAGCUGCCCAGCCCCCAAAGUGGUGCCUGGGGCUCUUGUUGGGAUGCACCCCAUUCCUCCUCUGCCUGCUCUGCUUCCCCUUCCUCCUUAGGUGCUUUCACUGGGAAUCAUCCUACUCCUCCUUCACGCACGCACGCACGCACGCACGCACGCACGGGCACGCAUGCGCGCCUGAGUCUCCUGCCGAGAUGGUUGAUACUUUCUGUCAAGUUGAGGAAUCCUGAAGCUUAACUAAGUAACUCAGCAGUUCUACAUCCUGAGGUGGAAAAGGAUGUGCCCCUCCUGCUCUACGAUGUUGUUCAUUGUGUCAACUAGAGAAGUUUAGAAGGUUAAAUG